AUGGGACCUCAGACGGUAUUGGAACCUAGUAAAGAGUUACGCAUCAAAAAGUGGAUACUCGACAGAGCUCAGUUUGGCUUUCCAAUGCAUACUGAAGAAUUACAAAAUGCAGUACAAAAAGUUGAACAAGAAACUGGUCGAGCUAACCCAUUUGUAAACAAUAGGCCUGGUAAAAAGUGGAUGCAGUUAUUCCUCAAAAGACAUCCAGAAAUAGUAUUAAAACGUACUGAAAUGUUUUCUAAAGCAAGAGCUGCAGUAACUAAGAAAAAAAUUCGUGAAUGGGUCUCAGAAGCAAAAGAAUAUCUAACAAAAGAAGAAGCUUUAGACAUUCUUAAAGAUCCAAGCAGAAUGUAUAAUUUAGAUGAGACCGGUGUGCAAACUUGUCCAAAAACUGGUAAAGUACUGUGCUUGAAGGGGGAAAAAAAUAAUUAUUCAAUUGCUUCAAAACAAGAAAAGCAAUGCAUAACAAUGUUGUGCUGUUAUGCUGCUAGCGGGCAAGUAGUAGACCCUAUGGUUGUAUAUCCGAACAAAGGAUUGCUCGGGAUUUAA